UGUAGACGCAUUCGAUAUUCGAUCGUGCUCCGCUCCGAUUCGUAUGUACGUGCAUACAUACACUACUACCGCAUACAGAGGCGAAUGUUUUUAAUUAUGGUAGUAGAUAUUAAAAUGUGAUAGAGAUAGAUGACAAAAUGCAGCACGGACACGCACCAAGUGGCGAUUUAAUCGACAGUAUCGAAAAGUGAAUAUAAUGGCGCUACCAUAUAGAGGAAACGUCAACGUCCCACGAGGAACGUCCACAUGGCCUGUCGCGCGUAGGUCACUGUCUCUUUUCAAGGCUUCUCAUUCUGACAAUAAAUAAAAAAAAUUUAUUUAUUGUUGAACGCAACGUUAUUUUGAAAGUGAAUAUUUUUUACAAACACUCCAGUUAUGAGUUUUUCUGUAUACGAUUCAUGCGUAGCCUUGUGCAAUAACGAACGCGUGAUAAUACACAAUAUUGAUAAUAGCACAGAAAAUGUAAUAGUCUUGCCCGAUCUGGAUAAAAACAAGAAAAUAGACGUGCACAACAAUGUGGAUAUUGAAACUUAUCAUAUGAUAACGUCUGUUACAUUCUCGAAGGAUGGAAGAUACUUUGCGGUGUGCACAAACCGCAAGCAGUUGUGCUUGUACGAAACAAGGAACUCGAGGCUUCUGUCCAAUCGAACGCUCGCCAGAGCCGCGAGCAAAGUGAGAUUCUCUCCGUACAAUGAUAUUGUAGUUGCUGAUAAGGCUGGAGAUGCUUACCUGUUUUCCACCAGCUCACCAAUGGAAAAUGGAGUUUUGAUCUUGGGCCACUUGUCAAUGCUACUCGAUGUACUCGUUACAGAGGAUAUGAAAUAUAUCUUGACAACCGACAGAGAUGAAAAGAUCAGAGUCUCCAUGUUCCCAAAUUGCUACAACAUUAUAUCUUACUGUUUGGGCCAUACAACAUUUGUGACUAAUAUCUCAGAAUUACCUCACAAGAAGAGUAUCUUAAUAUCGUGCGGCGGUGAUGGAGUUUUUAAAUUGUGGGAUUAUAGGCAUGGAAAUGAACUGAUGUCUGUAAACUUUUGCGAUAAAAUAUCAAAAUGUGACAUUGAGAAAUUUAAUCAAGAUCUUCAUGACAAUCAUUAUGACGAAUCUGUAGAUAUAUUGCCUGUUAAGCAUUUGAGAGUAUCUUAUCUUAGUAAGAUGGAAUCUUUAGUUAUAAUAAGCUUUUAUAGUAGUAAAGUACUAUUAGUUUAUAACAUUACUAGUAACAAUGAAACACAGUUUGAAGCAAAUUAUUUGGAAUCUCUAAUUAUUGAGGCUGAACCUAUGGAAUGUCUUUUAAACAAACAAGAUUUAUGGAUAUUAAUAGAUGCAGGAUUACAAAUAUAUAAAUUUGAAAACAAUAGAUUUAUAAGUCAUAGUGCUCUGAAUCACAAGAUGAAACAUCUUAAUAAAUCCUGGGAAACUCUGAAAAAUAGUAUUGUUAAACAAAAUUUGUUUCCAAUUUUAUAUAAAAGAAAAUAUGACAAUGUACAAGAAUAUUUAGAAAGGAAAAAAAUUCGACUUGCUAGCAAUAUUGAAUAGAUUAUAU